GACGGGCUUGGAUUGUCGCGAUGAAUGUAUCUCUACUGUAAAUAAAAUGAAACUAAUUUUAGCCGUGUGUUCAGUGCUAGUGUUACUGACAUGUGUCGAAAUAAAACAAGUGAAUUCUUUAAAUAUAUUAGGAUUGUUCCCUUUCCCUGGCAAAAGUCAUUUCUUUGUUUUCGAAAAGUAUCUUAGAGAGCUCGCCAAUAGAGGACAUAAUGUCACAGUGAUUUCUUAUUUCCCUCAGAAGGAUAAGGUCAAAAAUUAUCACGAUAUAAGCUUAGCUAACAGUACGAAGAUUUUAGAAGAUGUGUUUGAAGUGAAAAAAUCAUAUUGGUCCUUGUUAAGACUGAGUUUUGCUCUCGUAGAAUGGGGUACUGAUAAUUGCAGAGUCAUGCUUUCAAAUAAAAAUGUGCAAAACGCAUGGAAGACAACAAAAUAUGACAUCGUUGUGACUGAACAGUUUAAUAGUGACUGCUCUUUGGGUUUGGCACAUCAUUUAAAUUUACCUGUGAUUGGUCUAGCUUCUCAUGCUCUGAUGCCUUGGCAUUAUAGCAGAUUCGGCAUUUCUUUCAAUCCCUCUUAUGCCUCACAUAUGUUUUUAAAUGGAGGAACCAAACCCACACUAUAUGAGAGAAUUGAAAGAGUCUUAUUUGAUAGUUACUUAAGAUUAAUCUAUAAGUUUUAUUGCCAAAGAAUCGAUCAAAAUACUCUGGCAGAAUAUUUCAAUGAUAUACCACCUUUGGAAGAAUUGGGACGUAAUAUUAAGUUUCAAUUGGUUUAUAGUUAUUUUGUACAUUUUGGAUCCAGCCUGUACCCACAGAAUGUGAUAGAAGUAGGUGGUUAUCAUAUACAAAAACCAAAGAAGUUACCUGACGAUCUAAUUAAAUUUAUUGAAGAAUCUCAACAUGGCGUUAUUUAUAUAAGUUUUGGAUCUAUGUUGAGAUCCGCUACGACACCCAGAGAGAAGAUAGAAACUAUUAUCAGCGCAUUAAAAGAACUUCCGCAGAGAUUUAUUUGGAAAUGGGAAGAAGAUUCUUUACCCGGAAAUCCAUCAAACAUAUACCUCUCUAAAUGGUUACCACAAAACGAUAUUCUAAGUCAUCCGAAUGUAUUGGCAUUUUAUUCACACAGCGGUCUCCUUGGUACAUCAGAGGCAUUGUAUCACGGUGUGCCAAUGUUAGCGAUGCCUAUUUUCGGAGACCAACCGGGAAACGCAGCGGCCGUUGAGGAGAGCGGUCUCGGUGUCAUAAUUGAAUUUAUGGAACUCACGAAAGAGGAACUAUUAGAGAAAUUUAAACAGAUUUUAAAUCCUGAGUUUCGUAUGAAGGUUAAGCUACUGUCACAAGCAUGGAAAGACCGGCCGAUAUCAAGUAUAGAUACUGCUAUACAUUGGACCGAAUUCGCCGCUCGCUAUCCAAACUUUACCUUCAGAUCCCCAGCUGCAGAUGUACCACUCUACCAGUAUUUAGGUCUAGAUAUAUUCUUAAUUUUAUUCGCCAUACCAUUAUUAUUUAUUGUACUAUUUCUACUUUACAUAUUCAAAAAGAAAUUUAAUUUAACUUCAGGAAACAAAUCUAAAAAUGAAUAAAUUUCCGCGUUCAACAAAUACCUAUCAAUAUAUUAAGGGUAAGGUCAAGUAAAAUAUCAAUUCCUUCACAAACUUUAUUACAGAUUGUUGAAUUUUUUUUACUAGCUGUAGAAAUAAUAAAGU